UUACAACACACAGCAAAGAGACCAUCGUCAUGCAGAGACUAUUUUGCUGCUGGCAGACUCCAGCAGAGCAUGGUUGAGACUGUAACGAGAAAUAUGGCUCAAAAAUUGGUGGGGCUUGGUUUCACAGCCUCUUGUCUGUGGUUUCUUUCCUAUGAAAGACGCAUUCACAGUUGCAAGGUGGGGAUUUGAUUUGACACCCUCUGCCAACAAUAUUUGAAAUUAUGAGAGGAAAUUUUCCUAGUCAAAUGAACAGUCCAAACUGUGGUGUACUGCAAUUGGACUGUAGUGGAAAAAUCUCCCACCCACGCUACUCUGCCUUUACACAGCAGCCAUGAGCACACUGGUGUGGGAGAUACAGCUUUCUGGUUAGCCAUGUACAUUUACAAGUCUAUAAAAUACCCUGAACAAAGAAGGAGGUACUUCCUAGCUGGAAUGGGCACUUAAUGAAAAAAAGGACUUCAGGUAAUCUUCUACGGUUACAUCAGUUCUAUGAAUAUUAGCAAAGUAAAUCUUUGAAGUUGCUUAUUCAUUCUGUAAAAAAAAAAAAAAAAUAUGGUAAAAAGUAGGAAAAGGAUGAACCUGAGAUGAACUGUCAGCCAAGAUCUGUUGACAGUGCAAAUAAUGCCAAUGACAGUGACAGCCCAGUCAAGAAACAAGGCACUGGCACUGCCCCUGGAUGGGAGCAGGGCAUGGAUGUGCUCUGGGAAAUGCUCUGGGGAAAUCUCCCGGUGGGACAACCCGGGCUGCUUCAAAGGGUUGGUGCACAAGGUGUGUGUUGUACUGACGGUUCGCCUGCCUUUUUCCAUCUUGGAGGAUUUUACCUUAAGCAGGAUCUGGCGUUUGGGAGAGCUCAUCAACUGUGCGACGGCCGCGCUCCCACCCAGACCACCCGCAAUAUUCCCCCAAGCAAAGAGCCUGCAGUCCCCGGCCCUUUUGAGAUAUCUGCGGCAUUACGGAUACAGACACCGCGUGCUGAUUGUUCCCGCGGUGCAGAAUUUCACCCGCACGCCUCGCAGGUACCACUAAUGUCACUCCAUCCACCUCGGGGUGCAGCGCUGGAAGGCAUGGUGUCCCGGGAAUCCUCUAGAAAAUGGCCAUCUCCUGCCCUGCUCAAUGGGGGACGCACCAGCUGCACUGAAAUGUCAGAAGAGUUUGCACAGCUGACAGGUUGCUGAAAAUGGACCAUGGCAGCAUCGCCAUAAAUUCUCUUUAUCCAGCCAAGUGCAGCUUAAUAUAGACUUAGCUGCACAGUCUGUCUCCCACACUGAGACCGAGAGCUGCCGCAGCUCAUGACCAAAACAUGAAGUUGUCUAUUUAACCGAAUGAACUACUGCUAGUGGGGGGAAGAAAAAAAAAAUCCUUUAAAAUUUAUCUUUCUCUUUAGGUUUAAAAAGUAAUAGAGGAAGGAGAGAAGAAAGAACAUGUCAGAACUCAGCCAAAACUCCGAUGAAGAAGUGUGUCCUGAGGACAUCGAUGAAGAUGAAAUCCUGGCAAACCUGUCCCCCGAGGAGCUAAAGGAGCUGCAGUGUGAGAUGGAAGUCAUGGCCCCAGACCCCGAAGUCCCAACUGGGAUGAUACAGAGGGAUCAGACGGAAAAAGCCCCCACGGGGAGCUUCGACCACAGGUCCCUGGUUGACUACCUGUACUGGCAAAAGGCAUCCAGACGCAUGCUCGAGGACGAGAGAGUUCCCGUCACCCUCUUGCCCUCUGAGAGAAGUGCUGCGGAGGAGAUGGAAGGAAAGGCCGGUGGCAGCGGGAGGGUGCCAGGAGCAGAGGGAAAAGAGAGACAUUACAAAAAUGAGCACUUGUCCAACUCAGGAACGCAAUUUGGGGAGAGAAAGAAAGAUGGCAGCAGUAAAGGGAGAGAGGAGGAGAAGGAAGAAGAAGCAGAGGAGGAGGAGGAAGAGGAAGAUGAUGAAGAGGAGGAUGAAGAGGAAGAUGAGACUGAAUUGGAAACGAAGGAGACUUACACCAAUGAGAACCGUCACAGUGAUCAGAUAAAUAAGAAACCAAGUACAGAAUCAGGAGAAAUCAUAGAAAAGCCAAAUGAAAAUGAGAAGAAAAUAUCAAAAUUAAACAUCCCGAAAAAGUUAGCACUGGAUACCAGCUUCAUGAAGCUAAGUGCCAGGCCUUCAGGAAAUCAAACCAACCUAGAAGAGAGUUUGGAGAAAGUCCGAAAAAACAACCCGGACAUGAAAGAGCUCAACCUGAACAACAUAGAAAACGUCCCCAAAGAAAUGCUGAUAGACUUUGUCAAUGCCAUGAAAAAGAAUAAGAAUAUAAAAACGUUCAGCUUGGCCAACGUGGGGGCCGACGACAACGUGGCAUUCGCGCUGGCCAACAUGCUGCGGGAGAACAGGAGCAUCACCACGUUGAACAUCGAUUCCAAUUUCAUCUCUGGCAAAGGGAUCGUUGCUAUCAUGAGAUGCCUGCAGUACAAUGAGACGCUGACGGAGCUCCGCUUUCACAACCAGCGGAGCAUGCUGGGCCACCAGGCAGAAAUGGAGAUCGCCAGGCUGUUGAAAGCCAACCCCACCCUCCUUAAACUGGGGUAUCACUUCGAACUGCCGGGACCCAGGAUAGUGGUGACCAACCUGCUCAGCAGAAACCUGGACAAGCAGAGGCAAAAGAGGCAAGAGGAGCAAAGGCAGCAGCAAAUGAAAGAGCAGAGGGAGUUGAUAGCGAUGCUGGAAAAUGGACUUGGGUUGCCUCCCGGGAUGUGGGAAAUGCUGGGGGGACCGCUGCCCCAGCCAGGGAUGCACGAACCCCCGCAAGCCCCAAAACCACCCGUCCCCGCAGCUGUGUCUCUGAGCAAAAGGCAGGAGAGCACAAGGCGGCAGGAGAGCACAAGGCAGCCGGCCCCCGAGCAGUCCUGCAGAGAGAAGCCCAUCAGCUUCAGAGUGAUCAAGCUGAAGAAGACUCAGCGCAAACCUGCCGUGCCGGAGUACGUGGAACCCGCCGAGAAAACUAACCUCAAAGAUGUCAUCAAAACACUUAAACCAGUUCCCAGGAGAAGGCCACCUCCACUCGUCGAAAUAACCCCGAGAGAUCAGCUACUAAACGACAUUCGUCAGAGUAAUGUCGCUUAUCUUAAACCGGUGCCAUUGCCAAAGCAGCUGGAGUGAGAGACCAGACUGACCCGAAGAAAACAACUUGGAAUAAAGACUAUUCAAGUUUUGCUUACAACUGUUUCAGCAGAUGUUUUCUGCAGAACCCAGGUGGUAUAUACGACUCUUUGGGAACAAAGCUUGCGAUACGCACUCUUGUAAGUGUGGUGAAAACGGCUGGCAUGGGAAAAGUCAGAGCCGAGUGUUUCCAUCAGGUAUCAAACAAUCCUCGUGCCAUCUGUCUGCAAAUGGAUUUGAGGCUCCAGUUUGUUGUGGGAGUAUUUUCUCAGAGGCAUCAAUAACCUUGUCUUUCUAGUUUGUCAGCAAACUAUUUUACUUCCACGUUGUCCUUCUGCUGCCAGAUUCUGCAGGAACAUGCUGUGCUUUAUCUUAUCUUUCUUUUCACACACAUGCUCCUUUAUUAUUCUCUUGUCCAUGAGAAAUGUAUUUGGUUUCCAUGUAUACAGCUUCAUUUUUUAGGCUAAGGAAACAGAAAUGAAAUAAAGCUCUCUCCAU